AUGUCCAAACCAAAACCCCGGGCAUCUGCUCCCCCGCGAAUGGCCAGCAACACCCAGGAGCCGAAGGCCAAGUUCUAUGAUGGACCGACCGUUUCUGCCGCAGAGAAGGCGAAAGCGCGGAGGAAGCCUCCCCCUUCGACCCCUUCGGCCCAGCAGGACGCUUACAAGCCGCCUGCCGCUGUGCCCUCUAUUACCACCAAGCGGACAACGAACACCCCCGAGAGUCAGCUCCAGGUUGUAAAGGUCAAGCGCAAGAAGCGCUCCGGCUGGACGCUGUGCGGGGUGAUCACUCUCUUGCCGCUCCUCAUCAUCGCCUCGCUCUUCUCGACUGUCUUAUGCCCUCCCCCGUCGGCCAUGCCUUCCACUUUCUCUUCAAUGGCCCUCGGCGCUCUUGGUCUGAGGGUCAAGCCCGCCGAGUCGAGCCUCCACAGGACGCUCUGCUACCCGGCAAAUGUUUAUCAUGACGAGGUUCUCGUCCCCUACAUCUACCCCGCCAUAGAGGAUGCCAAGGUCCAGGUGGCCUCGAUACCGUUUUACCAGCACACAGUCGAGCCGACAUACAAGAAGGCCAAGGGUCACGCGCUCAAGAUCUGGAAUGGCCCGGUGAAGCCGGUUGUUGACCGCACGUUCCGUGGUGCUCGAAUUGUUCACCGCACGUACAUUGCGCCGCACGUCCCAUAUGUCAAGGCCAAGUUCACCGAGGCGACUGCUCCACUCCGAAUGCGCCUCUGUGCCCUUUACAAGAUCCACGUCGCGCCCCAUGUCAAGGUUGCCAAGAUGCGCGCCUGCGCAGCGAUCAAGAGCUCCAAGGCUACGUUCAACCAGGUUGCCGGGCACCCGACGACCAAGCAGGCUGGCAAACAGGCGCACAACGCCUUCCUCUUCAGCCAGAAGCAGGGUACUCGUGCGUACGCGUACUCGAGACCGCACGCGAUCUGGGCGUACAGCGAGGGCAAGCGCCACACCCGCGACACCGUGAUCCCCCGCACCAUCCAGGGCCUUAACUACGCCGGCAAGCAAGUCUGCAACACCUGGGCUCUUAUCAAAGCCGAGUGCGCCAAGCUCUACGCAAAGCACCUGGCCGUGCACUGUGAUCCCUACCUCGCCAAGGCCAACGAGGCUCUCGCUCCAGUGUGUGACAAUCUCAACAAGCAGAUCUACGUCCCAUACAUCCAGCCCCUCGUACACUCGGUCCUCGGGCCCCAGGCGAAGCAACGUAGCUUUUGGUCGUUCGUCGCCGAGUUUGUUCCGGCUGCGGGCUCGACUGUUGGGCAGCGCGGCGGCCAGACCGUCUCUGAGGCUAAGAAGGCUGCACAGGACGUGAAGAAGGCGGCUGCCGACGUCGAGAAGAAGGCUGCCGAGGCCAAGCGCACCGCUGAGGAGAAGGCUGCUGCCGCGAGGAAGGCUGCUGAGGAUAAGGCGGCUGCUGCCAAGCAGGCGGCCGAAGACAAGGCUGCCGCUGCCAAGAAGGCCGCUGAGGACAAGGCCGCCGACGUCAAGCGUGUUGCCGAGGAGAAGGCGGCUGCCGCGAAGAAGGCUGCCAAGGACAAGGCCGCAGCCGCCGAGAAGGCUGCCGAGGAGAAGGAGGCGGCGCUCAAGAAGAAGGCUGAGGAGGCUGCGGCCGAAGCUGCUGCGAUCGAGGCUGAAAUUACCGCCAACGCCAGGGCCGCUUUCAAGAAGGCCGAGGCGUCGCGUGCCGCUGCCUCCAACCCUGAUGACCUCACGCGUCAGGCCUUUGUCGCCGCCACGGACGACGUUACCGCUGCUGGGACUGCUACUGUAGCAACCACCUCGCUCAGCGGCACUGUCAGCGGCACUGCUACUGCCUCCGCGGCUUGCGACUCGGCGACCGGCGCCGAGGCUGCCAGGGACCAUGUCGCCGAGGCUCGCGCCGAGAUCCAGCAGCUCAAGAAGAGGGUCGACUUCCAGGGCAAGGCUUUGCACGCCAAGGUCCAGACUGAGACCGUCAAACAGGCCAAACACUUCCUUGACCUCCUUGCGGACAUGAAGCUGAUCGGAGACGACAACCUCGAGCGCGAGAUUGGCCGCAUGAUGGGUGGCCUCGACCGUCUCUACUCGAACUCGCGCAGUCUCACGCGCCAUCAGGUGGAGGAGAGCCAGCGCAUGUCGGACACAAAGGUCCUCAAGGUCCUUGAGCAGGUCACCAACGGCGUCAAGACCAAGAAGAACCACAUCUACGAGAAGACCCAGCCUGCCGUCGAGAAUGCUCAGGCCGAGAUUGAACGUGUUCUUGGUGACGACUACUCCGCCCUCGGCAAGCGCAUGGGCUUGAUCGAGGGCAUCACUCCCAGAGACUGGACGGCGUACAAGGCACUCAAGAAGGAUGUGGCGGUUUGGAAGGUCAAGCUCGCUGAGGCACCUGAGAAGAACCACUCCAAGCAGCUCAAGGACGCCAUCCAGAAGGCCCAGUCGGGCGCUGCCGAGCUCCUCACCGACUUCACCGACCUGUACGCUGGCUGGAAGAUGCGCCAGGAGUCCCUCCGCAAGCAGGCUCUAGAUGGCAUCGCCGCCCGCGAGGCUCUUGAAGCUGAGUCGAAGGAGGUGAAGCGUGCCACUCAGGCCACCAUUGUCGCGCCCAAAAAGCCCGUGGAAUACAAGAAGGCUGGGGCCAAGGGUUCGAUCCUCGAUAUCAAGGAGAAGUCGGUUGACAAGGAGGCCGAGGAGGCCAAGGGCUCGAUCCUCGAUAUCAAGGACAAGUCGGUCGACAAGGAGGCCGAGGAGGCCAAGGGCAAGUCGACCAAGGACGAACUGUAG